AUGCCAGACCCCUCAAUCUCAUUCUCAAUUCAAAAGCACAGAAAACGGCGCUUCCACACAAAAUCCCGCCAAGGAUGCGGGAACUGCAAACUGCGCCGCGUGAAAUGCGAUGAAACACGUCCUCAAUGCCAAAAAUGCCACUCCUUUGGCGUCUGGUGCAAUUAUGCCAUGACCAAUCAGUCUACCUCGCUGGCUCUUGAGCUCGAAGCGCCGGCGCCUGUGAGCUCGGAUGGCGUGCGAGAUCUGCGGCUGGAUCGUCAUGAUGUGCGCCGGUUGGCAGGGUUUCAGCAGCGACAGACGGUUUUGACGAUUGUUAAUGUUUUUCAGGAGGACGUGUUGCGUCUUGCUCUUGUAAAUCCCUACCUAAUGCACACAGUGUUAGCCAUGUCCGCCAUGCACGACCGAUACCUCCACACCCCAAGUCCAGGAGUCCCCAGCACUUUCGAAGUCUACCACUCCGCACAAUGCGCCUCGCUGCUCAAUCAAAAACUCUCACAGCCCAUCAGCCCCCAGGACCGCGAUCCGCUCUGGAUGGCAGUCACAUUUCUAGGAAUUAUCACCUUCUCCUCGCUGGAUACGAGCCACCCCUCGCACGCAUGGCCGUUGCGCGCUGCUGAUCCCUCCGAUCUGGAGUGGAUGCGCAUGGCUGAGACGAAGAUGGCGGUUAUGAGCCUUGCAGAACCCAGACGGGUGGACAGUUUGUUUCGGGCUAUGGCAGGGGAGUAUUCAACGAUGUUUGAUCCUGUUUCUUCUUCCGCUGGUGCGACGCCGUCUUCCUUGGCGAGAGUGUGUUUGUUGAAGGAGACUUCGUCGAAGGAGAAUAAUCCCUACUUCACUGCGGUGCGCACACUUGCUCCGCUUCUUGGAAGGAGGGGGAAAGUUACACGGAGUAUGGUGUUGGCGUUUUCGAGUCAGAUGGAGCCCGUGUUUAAGAUGUUGCUUAGACAGAAGGAUCCGGUUGCGCUGCUGUUGUUGGCGAUGUGGUAUGACAAGGCUGCUCAGAUCAUCUGGUGGGUUCGGCAUCGCGCGAACGUGGAGUGUCGUGCGAUCUGUUUGUAUCUGCAGCGGGAGCAUGGGAAAGAUCGGGAGAUUCUAGAUAUGCUGCCUAUACUAUCAUAA